AUGAACAACCUUGAUGACGUCCGUAAUAUAUGUCUCAGACUUGUCCCUCAAGCAUUGAUCUUUUUCAAGGUUGAAGAGCGUCCCGCUUAUAUGAGUAAACAACGUUUAAAAUACCACCAGGACUUUGUCAUUGAAAUACAGAUCAUAACCGAUUGCACAUCAGUAAAAACAAAAAUAAAAACGAAGUUAGGAAGGAUUGAAGGUUAUACUCAGAUUGUUCUUGGUAAAAAGAUUGAUACACAUUUAGGAAUACCAUAUGCCGAACUUCCAGUCGGAAAUUUAAGGUUUAGAGAACCUGUUCCAAAGAGGCCAUGGAAAGGAACAAGACUCACUCAGAAGUUUGCCAAAUCGUGUACACAGCCUGUUUUCUUUACCUCUAAUAUUCCAGCAGCCAACCAAGGUGAAGACUGUUUAUACCUAAAUGCAUGGAUCCCCCAAGGAGGAUGUAAACGCAAACACACAAUGAUAUGGAUUGAAGGAGGAGGAUUCGUUAUUGCCGAUGGGACUCGUAGUAAUCCAAAGGUGAUUGCUGCUUUUACAGAUACUAUUGUGUUUACAAUUAAUUACCGAGUUGGACCAUUAGGUUUUCUAUAUUUUGACCACAAAGAUGCUCCUGGUAAUAUGGGACUGCUUGAUCAAUCACUAGCAAUUAAAUGGAUACAUGAUAACGUGAGAAGAUUUGGAGGAAGCAAACAUAAAAUUACUUUAUUUGGAAACAGUGCUGGUGGUGCUAGUGUGAAUUAUCACAUGCUAUCCGAGUUUACACGCCCAUAUUUUCAAAAAGCAAUCAUACAAAGUGGAGAAGCUGAUUCGAAGAAGUUUUUUCAUCCCCCUUCUGAAGCACUUAAUACUGCCAAUGCCUUUGCUACACAGCUUGGUUGUAACAAGGCCUCAGUAGAGGAAAAGAUUAAAUGUCUACGAUCAUUACCAGCACCAUCAUUGACGGAAUUACAGGCUCCUUCUAUGCCAGUCCCUCCGUUGUUUUUUAGAGUUCAUUUGCCUACAACUGAUAAAACUGGAUUCAUUUGUAAAUCACCAACAGAGCUCAUGAAACAGCCUCUUCCCAAGCAUAUACCAGUUUUGUUAGGGGUUGUAAAGGAUGAGAUAUCGUUCUUCCUUGAGUUAAUAGACGUCAAUGGUGGAAAUAUAACGAGGGAAAACUACUUCAGAUUUAUUUCAUUUUACGUCGUUGCAGACCAUGCAACUAUAAAUAACAUUGGUCAAUUUUAUCUUCGACCAACCCAACCAGAAGCACCGGAGUCCUACCUAGACGUCUCAAUAGACAUAGGUUCAGAUAUCAAUUUCAAAUGUGGUGUGAUAGAACUUGCACAGACUCUCACCUCAGUUAACCCUGGUAAUCCAGUCUACAUGUAUUCCUUCGACUACAGGGCGUCAUUUUCAUCUAUACCGCCAUGGUUCGGAGUUCCACACACAUCUGAAAAUGACUUUAUCUUUGGUAUGCCUUUGAUAGACAGCGGCAACUACUCCGACACAGACAGAAUUGUCAGUAAAAGAAUCAUGAACUACUGGACAACAUUUGCUAAAACAGGAAAUCCAAAUUUCUGCCAAGACACUUGUGAUGAUUGGAAUCGAUAUGAUUGCCGAGACAGGAAAUACCUGAUUAUUGACAGUGAUUGUCCUAAAUAUGGCAGAGGACUGAGGGAGACACAGUGUGCUUUCUUAAAGAAAGUAUUGGCGCCCAAGCCUGAUUGA